CUUUUCCUUUCUCUCUCUAUCCCUUCCGUUAAAGCGAUCAACACAUGGAAUUCCGGUCUCCAAAUCUUCUUUAUUACUUGCUCAAAACCCCAUUCACCCCCUCUUCCCCCGGCCGGUCUCCCCUUUCCUCUCCCAUCUCUCUCCUGUCCCCAUCCGCACUCUUCCUCCUGCCCUCCUUCAUGUGAGUAAUCCUCUCUCUUACAUGUGAUCAUGCAUAGGCCAAGGAGAUAGGGAAGGCCGGUGGUACGACAGUUCCCCUGGCAGUGAUCGAGGUGACAGGACAUGGACGAUGGUGCAACAGCAGGAGGAGCAAGCAGCGGCAGCGCCGGCGGUGGCAGCCACCACCUUAUCGGCUCUAGGAUCGAGCAGCACCGCAAGUACAUGUCGAAGUCGAGCUGCUGCCCCAGGUGCAGCCACAAGAUCGACCGGAAGCUGGAUUGGGUGGGGUUGCCGGCAGGGGUGAAGUUCGAUCCAACGGAUCAGGAGCUGAUCGAGCACCUGGAGGCGAAAGUCCGGUCCGGCGGCACGGCGGCGGCGGAAACCCCGUCUCACCCUCUGAUCGAUGAGUUCAUACCUACCAUCGAGGGGGAGGAUGGCAUCUGUUACACCCACCCAGAGAAACUGCCAGGUGUGUCCAAAGACGGCCUGAGCAGACACUUCUUCCACCGGCCGUCCAAGGCCUACACCACCGGUACCCGCAAGCGCCGCAAGAUCCAGCCGCCCGCAACGGUCGACGCUUCGGCUGUCUCCUCUGCCGGCGGCUCCGCGAACGCCGGCGCGGUGCAGCCGCAGCAACAGCGGAGCGAAACACGGUGGCACAAGACCGGCAAGACACGGCCUGUGGCGGUGGGCGGCCGGCAGAGGGGGUGCAAGAAGAUCCUAGUGCUCUACACAAACUUCGGCAAGCACCGGAAGCCAGAGAAGACCAACUGGGUGAUGCACCAGUACCACCUCGGCGAGUCCGAGGAGGAGCGCGAGGGCGAGCUCGUCGUCUCGAAGAUCUUCUACCAGACACAGCCGAGGCAGUGUGGCGUCGGCGACGGAGCCUCGGCAUCUACCUCAGCGGCUAGUACUAGCGUCUCAGCCGUGGAGAGGAGAAGGGUCGACCGUCGUGCGGGUGCAACGCCCGUGGUGCCGGGCAUGACCUCCUCCGACGUCAUCAGUGUGGCGUUCCACGGCGGUGCCCCUGUUGGCAUUGAAGACUUCAGCUUCACACAGCUCAGAAACAGUUUCGAUGAGGUGGGAAUGGGAGGAUCAGAUCACCAUGUGGUGCAAUCUAGGGUUGACGAGGGAGUGAUGCAUCGUCCUGCAGGGCUUCACCAUCACCACCAGCAGCAGCACCUCCUCAACGAGCAGGAUCACCGGCGCCGCCACCAUCACUACGCCGGUCUCCAACAGGAGCAGCAGAGUGCGGCAGCGGCGGCGUUCCAUGUCAGCACGCCCACAGACCCCAUCGCCGCGUUGAUGGCGGCGCCACGGGCUCACCAGGGCUCGGUCGUUCUCACGGCACCAGUUGGGGAGCCGUACGAUCAUGGGGCAGCGAGCUACCAUCAUCAGGAGGAUGAGCGGCCACACCAAACGCGGAAGUUUGAUGGACGGUCGACUUCUGGACUCGAAGAGGUGAUCAUGGGAUGCACAUCCAGGAGGUCAAAAGCAGGAGAAACAUCAGGUGGCAAGGAGGGCACAGGAUGGCAGUGCCAAUACCCAUCCUUCUGGCAUUCUGAAAACCAGGAUCAUCAUGGGUGAACGAGCAAACAUAUCUGCCAUGCACCUUGUUCUGUAGCCAGUCUCGGAGAGGUACCCAAAGGCCAGCCAAAACCCUGACACCAUCAUUAUUGCCAUGGUAGGAUUAGCAUACAUACAACAAUAGGCUACAAGACUAAAAAGUACACAGGCAUUGCAGCAUAUAGGAGGAGUGGCUUCCAAGAAACACCCAAAAGGCAAAGUUUCCAACAAAACCGAAACCCAGCUUUCAUCCCCCAGUCCACCACCGGCCACACACACAAACAUCUUCUCUCAAGAUUUACCUUUCUCUUCACCCAAUGUGUCUAGAUAGCGGGAUGGAAGUUUCAUUUGAGUGCUUACAUUUGCAUGUCUAAAGAGACAAAGAUGAUAUUGCAGGGAAAGCAAAAGGGAGAAACAGAAAAAAAAAAGAUAAAGGAGAGUACAGAAAACAAAGGUGACAUUACAAGAGGAGGUCAUAACCGUCGGUUGCUCACGCUGAUCAAUGCAAAAUCAUUGUGAUAAUCAUCGUUUAUCGUGGUCUUUUUGGUCAAAUUGACAGCCAGUUAGUAUAAACUAAUCAGAGUAUACCAUACAAUAUUUUUUUUUGCUUUGUGAUUGUAUUAUUGCUUCAUUGGUUAAUUGUACACCAUUUUACUUUUAUUUUUGUCACAUAUCUGAGCAAAGAAGCUAACAUUUUGGAAAAGAAAGAAAGUAUACCUUUGUAAAGCUAGUAUUUGUUCAAUUGAAUUGGUCCAUUUCUUCACAUGAUUGAUUAUUUAAUAGUUUUACGAGA